AUGGACUUGGAGAAGAUAAAGGUCGAUAAUCCCAUCGUUGAGAUGGACGGUGAUGAAAUGACUCGCAUUAUCUGGAAAUCGAUUAAAGAGAAGCUUAUACUUCCAUUCCUGGAGCUGGAUAUAAAGUAUUUUGACCUUGGACUUCCUCAUCGCGAGGCCACUAAUGAUAAAGUUACAAUUGAAAGUGCAGAAGCCACUCUUAAGUACAAUGUGGCAAUUAAAUGUGCAACCAUUACUCCUGAUGAGGCACGUGUUAAAGAGUUCAGUCUGAAACAUAUGUGGAAGAGUCCAAAUGGAACCAUACGAAACAUCUUAAAUGGAACAGUAUUUAGAGAACCAAUUAUAUGCAAGAAUGUCCCCCGGCUUGUCCCAGGUUGGACAAAACCAAUAUGCAUUGGAAGGCAUGCUUUUGGUGAUCAGUAUCGAGCUACUGAUUUAGUUAUUCAAGGGGCCGGAAAGCUUAAAAUAGUGUUUGUACCAAAUAGUGCUGAUGGGAGCACAGAGCUGGAGGUUUACAACUUUACAGGUUCUGGGGGUGUAGCUCUGUCAAUGUAUAACACUGAUGAGUCUAUUCGUGCUUUUGCUGAGGCUUCAAUGAACACUGCUUUCCAGAAACGGUGGCCACUUUAUCUUAGCACAAAGAAUACAAUUUUAAAGAAUUACGAUGGAAGAUUUAAGGAUAUCUUCCAAGAAGUUUAUGAAAGAGAAUGGAAGUCCAAGUUUGAGUCAGCCGGGAUCUGGUAUGAACAUCGUCUUAUUGAUGAUAUGGUUGCUUAUGCUCUCAAAAGUGAAGGAGGCUAUGUUUGGGCAUGCAAAAAUUAUGAUGGGGAUGUUCAAAGUGAUUUCUUAGCCCAAGGAUUUGGAUCUCUUGGUUUGAUGACAUCAGUACUAGUAUGCCCAGAUGGGAAGACAAUUGAGGCAGAAGCAGCUCAUGGCACAGUUACACGCCAUUAUCGGGUACAUGAAAAAGGAGGUGAAACUAGCACUAACAGCAUAGCGUCAAUCUUUGCCUGGUCACGGGGUCUUGCACACAGGGCAAAACUGGACAACAACGCCAGACUCUUGGAUUAUACCAAGAAACUAGAAGCUGCCUGCAUUGCAAGUGUGGAGUCUGGAAAGAUGACGAAGGAUCUUGCCAUACUUAUCCAUGGGCCUAAGGUCACAAGGGCUCGGUAUUUGAAUACUGAAGAGUUCAUUGACUCUGUUGCUGAGGAAUUGAGAGCAAGAUUGCCUAAAAAAGCGAAGCUCUGCCCAGUUAAUAACUGUUCUAAUGUUAAUCCUCCUAUAUCCCAUUUUUCGAUACGAAAAAAUUCAAGAAUUCAUUCUUAUUUUCCAUUUCGAUGUGUAUCUAAACUAGAAUGUCCUACAACUGCAGUCAGUGAUGUUGCUGGUAUUUUCCAGAACAAGGUUUUGAUAGCCGCAGCUUUAUCUGCAGCAAUUGGGCAAUUAUCAAAGCCAAUUACUUCGACUAUAUUUUCUGGCAAGAAUUUUGAUGUUAAAGCUGCCAUUCAGGCUGGAGGGUUCCCUUCUACCCAUUCCUCUGCUGUGGUGGCCACUGCGACUUCCCUUGGUUUGGAAAGGGGUUUCUCUGAUGCAAUUUUUGGUUUAGCUGUAGUUUAUGCAAGCCUUGUCAUGUAUGAUGCACAGGGAGUUAGAAGGGAAGUCGGCAUUCAUGCGAAAGAAUUAAACAGGGUUUUGCUAAGCACCAGAAAGAGUUCAACUUCCGAGUUCUUUACAGACAAAACAGGCAAAUGGUUCCGUGUUACUUAG